AUGAAACCUUACAUUCUAUUAGCACUCUGCUGCAGUUUUUUCUCUAGCAAAGCCACCCCUCUUCCAUUUGAGUUUUCAGACUGUGAUGACCCUGAUGUCUUUAAAGCUGUCGACACAGCACUGAAGAAAUACAAUGGAGACAAAGCAACUGGUAAUCAAUUUGCCCUAUACAUGGUGAUGGAAGCCAAGAGAACUGCAGGUCCUGACACACAAUUCUAUGUGAAAUAUCGAAUACAAGAAACCACUUGUACCACUGAGGAAAACAAACUCUGGCAAGACUGUGAUUACAAAGUACAUGCAGAGGCUAAAAGAGGAGAAUGCACAGCUCGUGUUCACAUGAAUAAUGCUGGAAAAACGAGUAAUGUCUCACAAGAUUGCAAAAUUUUUCCAGCUGCGCCAAAGAUAACACUUACUGAGGCUACAUGUCUUGGAUGCUUUCAUCCUAUAUCAAGUGACAGUUCAGAAGUGUCAGAAAUUCUGAAACAAGCCAUUCAAAAGUUUAACAAGCACAGUGCUGAAUCCGCCCUUUUUAAGCUUGUGGAAAUAAAAGAAGCUAAAAGACAGGUGGUAGCUGGAUGGAAUUACAUAAUUAAAUAUGAAAUCAAGGAGACUAAUUGCUCCAAGGACCAAUUUCAAGAUUUAACUCCAGAGUGCAAAACCACUUCUAGAGGUCGUGUAGCUAAAUGUGAUGCUAAAGCAUAUGAAAAUCUUCAUGCCCAGAUCAUAGAUAUUGCAAGCCAAUGCAAGCUGCCAGUUGAAGAAACAGUAAUUCCUGUCACUUCCAGUGGUUGUCCAAAGACUAUCCCAAAAGACAGUCCAGAACUGAAGGAACUACUGAAGGUUUCUAUGGAGAAGUAUAAUUUGGAGAGCAAUGAUGAUUUCUACUAUAAAAGUGGAGCAAUAGAAGCAGCGACAGUUCAGGUGGUUGCAGGACAAAAAUACCAUUUAAUAUUUUCAGUCCAGAAGACAAACUGCUCAAAAAAAGAGUUUGAAAAACUUCCUGAAGACUGUGAAGCCACAACAGGCAGUGUACCAUUGCCAUGUGAAGCACAAAUUCACGUGAUCCCAGGGGAGGAUAAAAUCCUUCCCCAGAUUCAGUGCUCUGUAGAACGGUCAAUGCCUGUACUUCUAAGAAGGCCUCCUGGAUUCACACCUUUCCGAAGCUUUGCUACGCUAGACCAACCAAAUGAAAUUUUAUGCUCUGAUAAAAAAGAAGAAGAAAGGCAGAGUCCUGGCAAAGAAACAAGAAAAGAUGGUGGACAGGAACCAGAAGGUGAAGAUCGCCCAGAAUCUCCUCUCCCCAGAUGUCCUGGAAAACCAUGGAAACGAAUUAUGGACCUUCCAGCUCUUUCUGGCUUUACCAGAGAAUUCAUAAAUGAGGAUCUCUUGCCUGUCACAGCAGAAAACAUCAAUUCAGCAACAGAAAAUCCAACACCUCCCCAAAGCAAAGACCUUGCUCUCUCGGAUGCUUUACUCUAAUUCAAACAUUGUAGGAUCCUUUUCAGAAAUUAUACACAGAAAAAUAAGAAAAAUACUGCCUUUUUGGAUGUAUAAAAUGUGAAGAGUCACAAGCUCCUAUUCUAAGAUACUUAAGUAGGUCACCAGCACUUCUGGGGACCUAAGACCAUAUGGCAAUACUGUGUAUUUGCAUAUAUUUGCAAAGAUGUAAAUCAGGCAAUGGCACCAAUGAUUCAGA